AUGGAGAGCGUAAACGAUAAAGACUUAUCGGCAUCCUCCUCCAACCAAAGCGAUGUUCCAAUAGCUUAUACUGGGAGGCCAAGAAACGAUGAUAGAGAAGAGGCACACAAGUCAUUUGAGACGAUUAGAAAGACCUUUCGGUUGUCUGGCGAAAGUAAUGAGAAUGAUGAUGGUUAUAGCUGUAAAGAAAUAUACGGAGAAUUGGAUAAUGAUGAAAUAAAGCUACAGAGAAACCAAACUAGAAAUACGAUUAUAAGUGAAUUGGCUAGUAGAAACAAUCAACAUGAAGAUUCUCCGGACUCCAAUGAAGAAAUAUGUAAAUUAGAUGAUGGAGGGUUAGCCAUUGAUAAUAACGGAGAAGAAUUUGAAGCGAUCGAUCCGGAAUUGAUUACUUUUGAAGGUUUCGAUGAUAGGGAGGAUCCCAGAAACUUUUCAAAUGGUCGUAAAGUAUAUAUUGUACUUUUUGCAUCGAUAUAUACUUUGGUUGCACCAAUAUCGUCAUCGAUAAUAUCACCUGCAUUAACGGAUAUAUCAAAAGAAUUUGGAAUUAAAAAUCAAGUCAUAUUGGCGAUGAUAGUAUCGAUACAAAUUUUAGCAUGGGCCUGUGGACCUUUGGUGAUUGCGCCUUUAAGUGAAGACGAUACAUUUGGAAGAAAAACCAUUCUUGAUGUAUCAUGUUGGGCUUCGUUUUUCUUCAAUAUAGGAUGUGCAUUUUCAAAGAAUACACAACAGUUAUUAAUAUUUAGGUUUUUAAGUGGAUUGUUUUCAUCAACUCCUUUGAACGUUGCCCCGGCCGUUGUUGGAGAUUUAUUUCCGCCAAAAUCAAGAAAUGUCAGUUUAGCAGGGUUAUUUUUACUUCCCUUAUUAGGACCGGUGAUAGCACCAUUGAUUGGAGAAUUCAUUGUGAUCAAUUUGAACUGGAGGUGGACCCUAUACAUAUUGUGUAUAACGAACGGAGUGGCUGCAAUACUUGGAACAUUCUUAUAUCAGGAGACUUAUGCCCCAACCAUAUUGAAGAAAAAAGCUAGGAAAUUAAGAAAGCUGACUGGGAAUCACAAUUUGCAUACAAUAUAUGAAAUAUCCAACGGGGAAUCAAGAUUGACCAAGAUGAAGAUGACGGUGAUCUUGCCAUUGAUUUUAUUGUUCACUCAUCCAAUAGUGAUUGGAUUAGGUGGAUUUAUGGCUUUUAUCUAUGGCUUAAUGUACUUGAUGAUUGUAACUUUCCCAACCAUAUACGGGCAGCAUUAUGGUUUUAGUGAAGGAGCAGUUGGGCUAAUGUAUUUACCAAUGGGGAUCGGGUUUAUCAUUGGAGUUAUAUUCUGGACCAUUAUAUUACAAAAAAUAUAUAUAUACUUGAGUAAUAAGAAUGGUGGCAUUGGUAAACCCGAGUACCGAAUCCCAUGUUUAUUGAUAAAUACUGGGUUAUUAAUACCAAUAUCAUUAUUAUGGUACGGAUGGCUGAUUGAAUAUAAACUACACUGGAUAAUGCCAUCGAUUGGUACUGCCAUUUUUGGAUUUUCCUUUUGUUGUGUAUUCCAGUCACUACAAGGAGUAUUAAUCGAUAGUAUUAAAUUUUCAGCAUCAGCAUUAGCAGCAUCUGCCGUUUUCAGAAGUAUUUGCGGAUUUACUUAUCCAUUAUUUGCUAACAUCAUGUACUCCAAGAUGGGUUACGGUAUGGCCAACACCAUGUUUGCCAUUAUAGCCAUAGUAAUUGGAGUACCUUUCCCCAUAAUCUUAUUCAAGUAUGGAGAAUCGAUUAGAGAAAGUGCUAAUAAAAGAUUGCAAAAAUAUCAAGAUGAAAGAGAUGCUAAAAUUCUUGCCAAACUUUUAAGUAAAUAA